UUCACUUGUCGACUGAGCUCAGCUUCGAGCGCUCGCGUUCGCGCCAAUUCUCGUCCCGCGAAAAGUUUGAAAAAGAACACAACGAUCGAGAAAAGUUACGAUGUUUCUCGGGAGUGAUGUGACUUAACAUUUUUAAUUUAAAAAAAAACUAACAGUUUAUAAACGUAAAAUUACAAAAAAAAAGUUUUGUUAUUUUUUUUUCGUGAUAGCAUUGUUAUGAAAAGAGUUUUUAUAUAUUAUUAUUUUUUAUUUAAAAAGUGUACAUAUUCGUAGUGACAAUGACUAUUUGAGCUGAUAAGUGGGUUCUUGGCGGUCGCCGAAUUUUCGAGUCAAGGAGAAUAGAUCGACUUAACCAUGGAUCCCGACAUCACGCUGGAAGAGCUGGCAGAAGCCACGACAACGUCACCUUUUUUGACAAACGGAACGCAAAACAUCAAUGUUUACUACUUUUAUGACUCGAUCCAGUUCACAGUUAUGUGGGUGCUAUUCAUUCUGAUCGUGGUCCUCAACGCGUCAGUGAUCGCCGCUCUACUCUGCACCAAUGCGAGAAAGAGUCGGAUGAACUUCUUCAUCAUGCAUUUGGCGAUAGCAGAUUUAUUUGUCGGCCUAAUAUACGUGUUCGUGGACAUAGUACAGAAGAUCACCAUUGCGUGGCUGGUGGGCGAGUUCCUGUGCAAAUUCAUCAAAUUCCUACAGGCCGUAGUGAUGUACGCGUCGACCUACGUGCUGGUAGCCCUCAGUAUCGACAGAUGCGAUGCCAUUACCAACCCUAUGAAUUUUUCCCGAAGUUGGAACCGAGCGAGGGCUCUCAUUGUUGCAGCCUGGGUUAUAAGCACGGUGUUCUCUAUUCCGAUACUUGUGUUGUACGAGAUAAAGGAAGUACAAGGACAGCUUCAAUGCUGGAUAGACUUAGGAACAGCGAGCGGAUGGCAGAUCUGGAUGACGUUAGUGUCAAUCAUGAUCUUCGUGCUCCCCGCGUUGACCAUCGCUGGCUGCUACGCGGUUAUAGUGCUGACUAUAUGGACCAAGAGCAAAGCGGUGGUUAUGAGCCCGCCCAUGAACAAUAAGAGAGGGAAGAUGAGAGCUGGGCAGGUGGAAUGCGACCCAGAUUCAAGGCGCGCCAGUUCUAGAGGAUUGAUACCGAGAGCCAAAAUCAAAAGCGUCAAAAUGACUUUUGUUAUUGUUUUCGUGUUCGUACUCUGCUGGUCACCGUACAUCGUGUUCGACCUACUCCAAGUAUAUCACCAGAUACCAACGACACAGAUGAAUAUUGCCAUCGCGACCCUCAUACAGAGCCUCGCACCGUUGAACUCCGCUGCAAACCCUUUGAUAUGCUGCAUGUUUUCUCCACACAUUUAUGCUAGUCUAAAACGAGUGCCCCCGUACCGCUGGUUCUGGUGCGGCACGCAGCGCAAGCGACACGUCCGGGGAACCGCGCGGUCGCGCUCCGACUCCACCGGACACUCGGACCUCCUGAGUUCCACUCAUGCGAGGCGGUCGCAUUCUGUUGCUAUGAUAUUAAACCGCACUCGCGGCAACAGCAUAUCACGCUCACAGGACACGCGCCGCACGCACCACGUCACGCUGCCGCUACGCGACUGACGUCAGCCCGAGCUGACGUCCGACGUCAUGCUGUAAACUGAUGCACGCUACACUUCACGAAUGGCAAAACGUUCAAACCUUUAACCGUGCUUAGAGACCAACGGCGUAGUUCACGACAGUUAGGGAACUUGUAAUAAAACUAAGCUUCGAUGUCA